AUGGGCCGCCCGCUUGGGGCUCCUGCCUCUUCACCCUCCCGCCACCGCGCCUGCCUCUGUGUCAUUCUGCCCCCCCCCCGCCGCACCCUCUGGGCCGGGACCCCCACCCCCCUCCCGCCCCAACGACCCCUGCAACGGUCUGAGGGAGGGAAGGAGGGCGGGCGGGCGGGGGUCACCGUGGCGCUGCCGCCGGCCCCGCCUCCCCAGGCCUGGGCCCUCGGGCUCUCCGCCCCGCCGGAGCCGGGGGGGCCCAGGGGGCCGGGGGAGGCCGGAGGCCCUCCAGGAGGAGGCGGCGGCGGCGGAGGCGGCCGCGUCGGCCCCUUGUCGUCGUCGUCGUCGUCUCCGGCGGAGAAGGUGAAGAGGCCGAUGAACGCCUUCAUGGUGUGGAGCUCCGGGCAGCGCCGCCAGAUGGCGCUCCUGCACCCCAAGAUGCACAACUCGGAGAUCUCCAAGCGCUUAGGCGCCCAGUGGAAGCAGCUGGGCGAGGCCGAGAAGCGGCCCUUCGUGGAGGAGGCCAAGCGGCUCCGGGCCCGACACCUCCGAGACUACCCCGACUACAAGUACCGGCCCCGCCGCAAGGCGAAGCCCGCCCUCCAGGCCCCCCAGGCCCCCCAGGCCCGCGAAGGCGGAGCAGGAGGACCAGGAGCGGGAGGAUGGGGGGCCGCCUAUCGCGUCGACGGGGCCGGAGGCUUCGGGUACCAACCCCACUACUCGCCGGGAGCUUACGGCUGUCCCCCCUACAACGCAGCCCUGCCUCCGAAGCCGGACGCCCCGCCGCCCUCCGUCCGGGUUCCUCCGUUCCCGGGGGACUUCCUGUCCCCCUACAACGCCGCCUACGUCCCCUCCCAGCCCCCCUACGCCUCCCCUCACCUCAGCGCCACGGCCCCCCUCACUCAUCUCUAACCGGCUCGCGGGGCGGGGGGGGCACCCGUGGACUUGGAAUCCGAACUGGGGACCUCCGCCCGGCCCCCCGCUCUCUCCCCAGGCUGGAAGAUGGAGACGCCUCCCGCCCGGGAGUGGACACUGAGGUCCCGGACGCGGAGACCGGAGUCCCUGAGGAGGGGAGGGGACGGGGUAAGGGGGCCCGUGCCGUUUUUAUAAUGUUUUACAAGGAGAUUAAAAUGUGCUUUUUGU